UAAACACCUAAAUAUUUAUAAAUUCAUCAAGAAAACUAAUACUUCAAACAUCCAAAGCCUUCUUCUAUUUUUUUCCUCAAAAUAUUCAAGAAAACUAAUAUUUGACACACGAACUAAUGGCAUCAACAGUCGUUCUUGCGUCUAGUAAUUUAAUCCAUAGUAUUGAAUAUUCUAAGCGGCUUCCAAAUCUCCGGUUGGCGAUCGGUAAGAAAAGAGCCGUUGUUGGCUUCCAAGAUCAGCCGUUGCAUCUUGGUGGUACCGUGGCAUCCCGCCAAGCAAGAAGAGGUUUUUUGGUGUACAGUAUACAACCGGGAAAUCAUCAUCCUCCUACUGAUAACUCCUUAAGUUCAUGGCAACAAUGGAUUGGAAUGAUAACUGCAUUAAUCGUGCCAUUUUUCAGUAGAAAAUGGAUCAUGUUAUUAAAAAUCAAAGAUGAAGUUGAUACGGUGGUCGAGGAAACGGAGAAAAUAGUAGACCGUAUAGAGGACGUGGCGGAGACCGUCGACAAGGUGGCAAAAGACGUGGCGGAUCAUCUUCCAGAAGGUGGAAAACUGAGAAAUGCAGUGGUGUUCGUGGAAGGUGUGGCGGAGGAAAUAGCAAGGGAAGCUCACUUGGUUGAGGAUUUCCUGCAUGAGGUCGAAGAUGUAGAAGAGAAGAUAGAGUUGUUGGUUGAAUCUGUCAAGGAUCAAAAUAAGCAUGUUGAUGGAGAUUUUAAGGCAAGUUGAUGAAGAAUUUUGCUGAUUGUAUAAAGUUCAAAUGUAUAUAAUCUUUGAUGAAAAACUAUCAUCAUUUUUUUCUAGAAAUUCUUUCUAGUUGUAAGAGAAAGAAUAGUAACUCGUGAAUGAUUAGGAGUAAGUAUUUUUUUUAUAGAGUAAACUGCCAUUUUGGUCUC